AUGGCUGAGUAUGAAGCUUGCAUUCUCGGUCUGAAGAUGGCAAUUGAUAUGAAUGUUCACGAGUUGCUGGUUAUUGGAGAUUCUGAUUUGCUAAUUCAUCAGGUUCAAGGGGAAUGGGCCGUGAAGAAUCCAAAAAUCACACCAUACGUGCAAUAUAUACAGAAGUUGUGUAAAAGAUUUCGCAAGAUUGAGUUCAGACAUACUCCCAGAACACAAAAUGAGUUGGCCGAUGCUCUUGCCACCGUUGCCUCAAUGAUCAAACAUCCGGAUACAAGUUAUAUUGAUCCGUUGGAUAUAGAGGUUAAAGAGCAGCCUGUUCAUUAUACAUGCGGGAGUUUGUGGUACUCACAUGAAUGGGCUCACUUUGGCGAGGAAGAUCUUUCUCGCCGGUUAUUUUUGGACGACUAUGGAGCAUGA